GCCAUAGGUUCACGUGAGAACCUACUGUACCACCAGAACUGUCAUCCUGCUCUCAUUCAUUUUGUUUUUCCCUAUUGACAGGUCAGCGGGUGUAACUGCCUGGAUGACCUUUGUGACCACGGCUUCUGUGCCAGAAAUGCUCACCCAGGCUCAUGGGUCUGCGUCCUGAACCCGCGCACUCUGACAACUGCAAGCUGGCAGGGGCAGUGACGUAUGUCCUGCCGCCCUGUCACCACUGCGCAGAGCUCCUCUGCGGACCGGGCCAAGGCACCGUGGGGCCAGAUGGGUCCCCACGGGCACCCGGCUUCUCGCUUUUUCAAGAAGACAAAAGGCAGUCGCUGCAGCGAGGACGACCUCCCGAGCUGUACUCCCAGGCCGUGCUAUGACACCCACCGAACAGUCAGCAGCGGAAAAAAGGAAAGAAGCGUGGGUUUGCUGUCUGGUGUUCUAAGGUGCAGAGCCGUCAACAGGCCGCCUUUGUGUGGCAGCUUCCCACCGCAGUCCCGGUCCUCUCACCCAGCAGGUGGGCCAAGGGAAAGACGCUUCAGGGCUGAGAGGCGGGAACUGGCCUUCUUUAAAAAGGAGAAUUGUAAAACCCAGACACACGCUGAGCAAGCAGCUGCAGCAGAGACCCAGGGCCUGGCGGACCCACGGUAGGAGCUGCCCGCCUCCGUGAAUACGGACAAAGGCUCGGACCCGAGCCCGUGAGUCACAUCGCGCCAGGCAAGCACAGCCAAAGACGUGCGCGCUCCCCCGUCCCUUGGGCAGAAGGUGGGCGGUAUGGGCGAGGUGCAAACGCACUCACUUCCUGCGCUUGGUUUUCUAAGGAAAGAGUAACAGGCCUGUGGUGUGUGAGCGCUCCAAUUUCUCGCCCCGUGACACAGAGGGAGGGUUGUUUGUGGUGCUGGUAUGGGGUGACAAGCUCGUGGAGGGCGAUGUUGCAAUCAGCACAACAUCUGGCCCGGCCACCAGCUCAGGCGUGGAGGAGAGCAGCAGGGGCCGGAGGAGGGCCCCGCGGGAGGCCGGCCCGGCCACGGAGAGGUCUGGGCCAAAGGCUGCUCUCUGCCUCAAGCAAACUCACCCUCACACUUGGACUUUCGGUCAAGAGCUGUGCUGAGCUGGCCACAGCCUCUCUCAGGGACAUUCGUGGCAGAGCCGGGACCCGUACCAGGACCUCUCCUGCCUGCCGUAAUAAUGCCAACCGUGGAUGACAUUCUGGAGCACAUAGGGGAGUUCGGCUUCUUCCAGAAACAAGCGUUUUUCCUCUUAGCGCUGCUCUCGGCGUUCUUUGCCCCCAUCUAUGUGGGUGUUGUCUUCCUGGGCUUCACCCCGGACCACCGCUGCCUGAGCCCCGGCGCGGCCGAGCUGAGCCGGCGAUGCGGCUGGAGCCUGGCCGAGGAGCUGAACUUCACGGUGCCUGGUCCGGGGCCGGCAGGCGAGGCCUUCCCCAGCCAGUGCCGCAGCUAUGAGGUGGACUGGAACCAGAGCGCCCUGGACUGCGCGGACCCGCUGGCCAGCCUGGCCAUCAACAGGAGCCACCUGCCGCUGGGCCCCUGCCGGCACGGCUGGGUGUACGACACCCCCGGCUCCUCCAUGGUGACGGAGUUUGACCUAGUGUGUGCGCGCUCCUGGAUGCUGGACCUGUUUCAGUCGGGUGUGAACGCAGGAUUUUUUAUCGGCGCCAUCAGUAUCGGCUACAUAGCAGACAGGUUUGGCCGUAAGCUCUGCCUCUUGGCUACAAUCUUCAUCAACGCUGUAUCUGGAGUUCUCCUGGCCGUUGCCCCGACCUAUACGUGGUCGUUCAUUUUUCGCGUGAUCCAAGGGCUGGUCAGCAAGGGGAGCUGGUUAAUAGGCUACAUCCUGAUUACAGAAUUCGUCGGGCGGAGCUACCGGAGAACGGUGGGCAUUUUCUACCAAGUCGCCUUCACCGUGGGCCUGCUGGUGCUGGCCGGGGUGGCGUACGUGCUGCCGCACUGGCGGUGGCUGCAGCUCGCUGUUACCCUGCCCAACUUCUGCUUCCUGCUCUACUACUGGUGCAUCCCCGAGUCCCCGAGGUGGCUGAUCUCCCAGAACAGAAGCGCUAAAGCCUUGAGGGUCCUGAAGCAGAUCUCGAGGAAGAAUGGAAAACCCAUGCCUGCGUCUCUUCAGAGCCUCAGUCCCGAUGAGGAAGUCAGCGAGAAGCUGAAUCCUUCGUUUCUUGACUUGGUCAGAACCCCCCAGAUACGGAAACACACUCUGAUCUUGAUGUACAACUGGUUCACAAACUCUGCCCUCUACCAGGGCCUCAUCAUGCAUGUGAGCCUGGCAGGGAACAACAUCUACCUGGACUUCUUCUGGUCCGCCCUGGUGGAGUUCCCAGCCGCCUUCAUCAUCAUCCUCACCAUCGACCGCGUCGGCCGCCGUCUCCCGUGGGCUGUGGCAAAUGUGGUGGCGGGGGCGGCCUGUCUGGCCUCAGUUUUUAUCCCUGAGGAUCUACAAUGGCUGAGAGUCACAGUCACGUGCCUGGGUCGGAUGGGGAUCACGGUGGCCUUCGAGAUACUCUGCCUGGUCAGCACAGAGCUGUACCCCACGUUCAUCAGGAACCUCGGCGUCCUCGUCAGCUCCUCCAUGUGUGACAUCGGGGGCAUCAUCGCGCCAUUCCUGGUGUACCGGCUCACUGACAUCUGGCACGAACUUCCACUGGUGCUUUUUGCCGUGUUCGGCUUGACCUCCGGGGCUUUGGUGCUGCUCCUGCCGGAGACCAGAGGGAAGGCUCUGCCCGAGACGAUCGAAGAGGUCGAGAGCAUGCAGAGGCCAAGAAAAAACAAAGAAAAGAUGAUUUACCUCCAAGUGGAGAAACAAGACAUUCCACUACACUAAGAGAAAUCUGCUGUAGUUUUGCUUUGAUAAUGCAAGGCUAGAAUCAGAUAUUCUUUCUCUCAUCACAAAGCCUGUACAACUCAACCUCUCUUCUCUUUGAGCCUUAUUAACCUAGACCUGUAACCAAGUGGAGUUUAUCACCCCACCACCUAAAACUCUGCCUGUGGGACCAAAUCCUACAACCCUGCCAGUUCGCUGUACUCCCAGCUUUCCUUGGACAAUGGCCAAUGGUUUGCUGGGAUGUUUAUUUUCUCUAUUUCUUUAUUUUAUUUCCUUCUCCACAAUGAUAUCAAACCAAAAUGCAUAGGGGAAUUGUGGUCCAGGGAAACAGAAAAGAUCCCAAAAGCAGUAAAAUUGGGAGCAGAGAGUAUGUUUUCUUAAAGAAAUAAAACAUCCAAAGGAAUAUCAAGCUGUCUAGAAUAUAUGUCAAGAACUUUCAGUAGUCAUUUUCUGGUAUCACUUAUGAAGAAAUUUUAAAAUACAUUGAUAAUUAUCUGACUUGGACUUUAAGAGAACCCAGAAUACAAGAGUCAAGAAAUACAACCUGAGCAAUCACUAAGUCUCUAUAUUUAGAUCAGAUAGUACAAAUGUGUGCUUUCUACAUAAGAUCUUGAGAAGAGUUAAUAAAAGGCAGUGUUGCCCUGGCGGGGUGGCUCGGGGGGUGGGAGCGUUGGCCCUGGUCAGGGCACAUGCCCAGGUGCAAGGGGACUGACCAAUGUUUCUCUCU